UAAAAGCAGCCGUGGUGUCUUUUCUCCAGACCAGACCAUCGUCUUCUUCUUUACUUUAGCAUAGUUGAUUCUCCUCUGUCUUACCACCAGAUAUUCAAAUGAUGACCUGCGCAGUAGAUAGCAGCAGUGGUAGCUAUCCACAUCCUCAGCCAACGUACCACAUUCCAUACUAUUACCAAGCUCACCAUCAUCCUGGGCAGCAUCAAGAGGAGGUAGUUCUGCUGGAGGACAACUGGCUACAGACAGAGGUGUAUCAUGAUUUUGUCCUGCCAGCAGCAGCAGUAGCCGGGGGCAGUUGCUGCAGCUCUGGUUGUUGCAGCAGUACCACAAGCCUCACCCCAACCGACCCAACAGCUCUUUUAUACCGACCGCAAAACAAACUCUCAUCUUUAGGAGCAGGAACCAAAGCUAACUCCACUGGUCCUAAAGCCCCACCGUGGUGGGAGUCUGAGCUCUCACAGCCUAUACACGAGACCCUAAAGAAGAGAGAGGCUGCCAUUAGCUCGAUCCAGUUCAAAUCUCCUCAGCUCCAUCUUCGUCGUGAACUAGUUGAGUUCAUUACAGCUGUCAGCAAGGAUCUUGGGCUCUCUGAUGGGACUCGCUUCCUAGCCAUAAGGCUAGCAGAUCAGUUCAUGGACGGGCACAAUGUAAUGGAGUACAGGCUGAGACUAAUGGGGCUCACUUGCCUUCUAUUAGCAGCUAAAAGUGAAGAAAUCGAUGACAAUGUCCCCAGCAUUGAAAUGCUUCAGCACGCAGCUAGAAUGAACGACAGCAGCAACACGAGUGCCUACUCGAGACAAGAGUUCCACACACUUGAGCUGUACAUACUCAAAUACUUCAAGUGGUGUCUCUCUCAUCCGUCAGUUGCUCAUUUCAUCGAUUAUUAUCUACACACAAGCCUAAAGGGGGACGAGAAUCUGCCAGGACUGAGCAAAUGGGAAGCCAUCAUGCUAGAGAAUCAGAUGAAAGAGUUCACAGCAUAUUUCAUGGAAGUCACAUUAAGAGAAAGCAAGCUCCUAUAUUAUAAGCCAUCCAGAAUCGCUGCAGCUAUUGUCUGUGUUGCUAGGAUAUGCACUGGAAUGAGUACAGUCUGGAACGAGUCAUUAGAAAAAGCUAGCAAGUACUCACUCGACGACUUACAACCUGUUGCCAGCCUCAUACUUAGUUUAAAUGAGCAGAACUGAAGACUAGGCAAUAGUUAGGAGUCUCUAUAAUUGAACACACAGUCACUAUUACUACUUCAAAGCUAAAAGUGGAACUGUCUCAUAUAUUAUAUUUAUUUCCUAAUUUAUGUUAUCAUUUUUUGUUUCUUUUAUUUUAUUUGUGCACGCAAGCGACUGACAAAACACCAAGUUAAUCUGUUAUAUCACUUAUCAUCCUCCACUACUUUAAUAACACACUUCACUCAUACGAUACUAAAGUUUCCAUAUAAUUAUUAUGUUGUCGUUUUUAUUUGUUGCAAUGUUCUUCUUGUUGUCGUUUUUGUUAUA